AUGAACGGGGAGAGAGCAGUGCCACAUGCGCUAGUCAAGAUGAACGGGGAGAGAGCAGUGCCACAUGCGCUAGUCAAGAUGAACGGGGAGAGAGCAGUGCCACAUGCGCUAGUCAAGAUGAGGGGGACGGGAGCAGGAAAGGAUACAACUUGGAGGGGAUCACAACGCGCUCGGAUGGAUGGCACGUGGGAUGGGACAAUGGAUGGCAUGUGGGAUGGGACAACGGUCGGAGCCACCCCUCUCUCCGUCUAUUCCUCUUCUCCCCUCCCUCCACCCCCUCUCCCCUCCUCCACCCCUCUCCCCUCCUCCACCCCCUCUCCCCUCCCUCCACCCCCUCUCCCCUCCCUCCACCCCCUCUCCCCUCCCCUUCACUCUUCUCCAGCUCCACCCCCCUUCCCCCUUACUCUUCACGACCUCCUCGCGUCCGCACUUCUCUCUCCUCCGCACUCGCCCCCAUCACUCACCGAUUACCGGAGAAGAGAAAGACCCGGUCCAUCUUCCUCCACUGCAUCACCACCAUCUCUUCGCUCUCAACAUCCUACCGCCCUUCCCCCUCGCUCUUUCCUGCGCUCGCCCAUUGCCCUUCCCCCUCGCUCUUUCCUGCGCUCGCCCGUUGCCCUUCCCCCUCGCUCUUUCCUGCGCACGCCCAUUGCCCUUCCCCCUCGCUCUUUCCUGCGCUCGCCCAUUGCCCUUCCCCCUCGCUCUUUCCUGCGCUCGCCCAUUGCCCUUCCCCCUCGCUCUUUCCUGCGCUCGCCCAUUGCCCUUCCCCCUCGCUCUUUCCUGCGCUCGCCCAUUGCCCUUCCCCCUCGCUCUUUCCUGCGCUCGCCCAUUGCCCUUCCCCCUCGCUCUUUCCUGCGCUCGCCCAUUGCCCUUCCCCCUCGCUCUUUCCUGCGCUCGCCAAUUGCCCUUCCCCCUCGCUCUUUCCUGCGCUCGCCCAUUGCCCUUCCCCCUCGCUCUUUCCUGCGCUCGCCCAUUGCCCUUCCCCCUCGCUCUUUCCUGCGCUCGCCCAUUGCCCUUCCCCCUCGCUCUUUCCUGCGCUCGCCCAUUGCCCUCCACCCGAUAAGCUAA